CUAUGCACCGAUUCCCGAGUGAUGCUACAGAUGGGUAUGCAUUAUUAUUUAAGAAGAUUCUCUUCAGAAUAAUCAUUUAUUUCUUUAUAUAUGGAUGAAAAGCUUAAAGAAUGAAACUGUUCAAGUAUAAACGUAGAUGAUUUCAAGAAAUGAUUUUGGUUUUUGCGUUCAUUAAGUCUGAAAUUAUAAAUUCUCACGCCUGUGACAGAAACUAUUGAUUAUUGAGGAAUUUAAUAUAAGUGAAAAAGAUUACCUUUAUGGAAAUAAAGGCAUGGCCUGAUUUAUAUUUAAGCAUUGAUAAACUAUUGUGAAUAUAGUAUUUAGGUCAUAUUGACUCAAGAACAACUUCGCUUUCACAACAAAUUUGCUACAAUGUGAAUUAGACUUUCCGUGUUUACAUGACCUCUAUUGUGGAUACAUCGAUUGAAAAACUGACGAACAUGCAGUUGCGUUUUUGAAAAUGAAGAAUUCUUUAUUCAUUAAUAUUGUCAACAAAAUAUUUACAACGCUUUUGUAUUUUCAAGGAUAAAUUUUAGGGAAAGUUGUACACUCGAAGAAAUUUUGAUAUAUUUGUUAAAAUAUCAGAGGAAAUUUCAAAAUCGAGUGUGAAAUUCAUCAAGUGUGUAUAAAUUUGAAGUUAAAAAGGCCCCACUGUAUAUUUAGUCUCCAACUAACUGAAUAGCAGUAGUAAAACCUAAUAAUCUGAGAAUUUCUUAUUGCAAUAAAGUAUAUUCUUACGCCUGGAAUACGAAACGAUACACAGAAAUUCUUUGGAAUUUCACUUAAAAUGAAUAUUGUUAUAUGACAUGCAAUUGGUCAUUAUAUUUGAUGAUCGUAAAAAUUAAGCUGUGAAAGUGGAUACUACAUAAUUUGCUUCGAGAUUCUUUCACUUUUAUUCGCGGUGGUUGUUUAGAAAUUUGGCUCUUAAGGAAAUAACUUCCGAACUUGUAUUUACAAUGUCACCAUCGCAACGAUCAGUACUAAACAAAGUGGAUACCAACAAGGUACUGCUUAGUCGAGGUUUGGCCAUAGUUCUCAAGCGAGUUCCAGCUGUUCCACCUGUUGAUGUAAAGAACAGCUCCAGGAAGAAAAAUCGACGUCAGCGUAAGGAGCCGGUUGAGGAUCAGCGGUGUAAAGGGUGCGAAGAAAUUGCAGAAUGCGAAUUCGGACCAGAAGUUUUUGCAGACUGGACUCGUGAAAAUGGAGAGUGUUAUUGGAAUCCAUGUUUGGUUCAAAGUGUGAAAAGCCUGGAAUACAAGGGUUUCGUCCGACCCACCACUUUGCUAGUGGGAGGUACUGACUAUUCUCUGGAAGUGGUGCGAUCAGCAUGGGGUCGAAGGAUGCUCAGACCCCCCACUGGAUACGACAUCGUGAUGCUUGGUGAUCUGGAUCCAGUCACAAUGAACUUCGUAGCUCAGACCCAGUUUGCGCCCCUACCAGAAGCUCUUUGUAAAGUUGUGUACGAUUUAACGUCAGAAGGUUCAAUAGCGUCGAUGCCGGUCAUCAGCAAAAGAUUAAAGACUGCUUUCCCAGAAAUCAUGGUGCCUUCAGAUGAUAUCCUGUACAAGACACUAGGUACUCUCAUCAGAGAACGCAAAUUAUACCACACUGGCUCAGGUUACUCAGUAGUAACUCCUGAUACCUUUCGUCUCCUAGCCAUGUCUCCGCCUUUGGAACGCCAAAUGUUAUUAACCAAUGAAGAAGCAAUAGUUAGGUUACACGGCAUUGCCUAUGCCGUAGACGAUGGCCGAACUGCGUGCACACAAACUCAGCAACAAGAGAUGCUUACAGCUUGGUCUUCUGCUGAAAGGAUUUUGGAACCAAGAAAACAAGGUAAUGUCACAUAG